UAUGAUAUUUGGUGCAGUUAAAAUAAUAUUAAGCGUUUGAGUCCGUCUUUGGCCACGAGAUCACUUCAGGACAAUAACUGAUUAUCUGUAUACGCUGUAGUAAAUCAGACUGCGUGUUGCAAGCAGUGGUGGGAUUUUAAGACUCAAGUUAUUAAUAUUAGAAAAUGCGUCUGGUUCAGAAUAUGUCGACAAUUUCGGAAUACUCCACUAGCGACUGUACGUCCAGUAACAGAGUGGUCAAAAUAGCUGUGAUCGGGGGCAGCGCAGUCGGAAAAACGGCCCUGGUGGUGCGUUUCCUCACCAAGCGAUUCAUUGGGGAUUACGAAAGGAAUGCAGGUACACUGUACUCCAGAGAGGUUCAAGUUGAUGGGGAACAGCUGGCUAUUCAAGUGCAAGACACACCAGGUGUUCAGACCAACAUCCAAGACCUAAACUGCAAUGAUGAACUAAACCGUACCAUCCAGUGGGCAGAUGCAGUUGUGCUUGUGUUCUCCAUCACAGACAGUAAGAGCUAUGAACUGAUUCCUCCGCUGUAUCGGCAUGUCAGGCAUACGCAUCCUGAUACUCGAAUUCCAAUAAUAAUUGUUGCAAACAAGGCAGACCUCCUGCACAUCAAGCAGGUAGAGCCACAGCAAGGACUUCAGUUGGCAAGCAUGUUAGGUUGUACUUUCUAUGAAGUUUCUGUCAGUGAGAACUACAAUGAUGUGUACAAUGCUUUUCAUGUUCUUUGCAAAGAGAUUCACAAACAACAGACUGUUGGCACCACUGAGAAACGACGAACCUCACUCAUUCCAAGGCCAAAGUCUCCCAACAUGCAAGAUUUGAAGAGGAGAUUUAAACAAGCACUGUCUGCAAAAGUCAGGACUGUUACAUCAGUUUAAGGCAAAGUGGUCAGUCUUGGUUUAUAGUCUUCCCAAGAGCUGGACUCUCGGAUGUUCAGCUUCGAAGAAACCAGAGCUCUGAAGGCCCCAGAUACAGAGGGAUACCUUACAGACAAGUUGCAGCAAGAAGGUAUCAGAUGAGUAAUGGGACACAUACUGAGCCCUUGAUGUGCUAGAUCACAGUCCAUUGUGCUCAGCAUGUGUAGAAGAUGCUGGAUUCUGGAAUAAGAGCAUUAAGUUUGCCUUCCAGAGACUAAAAUUUGACCUUGAGAUGCAUUGCCUUAUAAUUGGCAUUGAUGUUUUGUCAGGGUCCCUUUCAGUUUUCCUGUGUACUGUAACAAGGAGUAUGUUGUAACGACACUGGGGCUGGUGUUCGGUGGAAUCAUAAUGCAGGCAGACGGGAUUGUAUAAAUGCCAUGAGUAAAUGUUGGUUUAGAAAAUAGGCUGUUAAAAGGAAAUUGACAAGCUUUGACAAGCUUGGUUUGUAACAGUGUGGAUCCAAAUUUUGCAAGUUUUGAAGUUGGCAUUCUCUAGUAAACUUAGAGGUUUGCACUUAGCUGUCCUGUUGCAUUUUUAUUAGUGGUACUUUGGCAGACUUAUAAAACCUGGAUAGGAUGAGCUUGCAGAACUUCACUGCAAAAAUACUGCAUCUGCAGCAUUUUAACUUAUUUUAUCAUAGAACACUGCAAAUCUUAAUCUGGCAGUGUUAAUUACCAUUGUCUACCUUUAAAAUACCGGGGGGGGGGGGGGGGGGCAGAUCUAGAAGCUGAACUCUUCUAUCACAUGACAGAAUGAUGCAAAAAAAGCUGGCAUUUUUUGGCAGUUUACCCAUCUCUGUAAUUCAAUAAUAAGUGCCAAAUCUGUUAUAGUUGAACUUACCUGAACACUAAUAAUUCUUUGGCUGAUAUAAUAUAUAUGUACACCAGUGGUGUAUACAUUUUCUGUCUGUAUGACAGAUGCUACUAGCUUACUUUUGUUGCAAAUAUAUGAUACAAUACCAUUAGUUAUAUAUUUGAAGCAUAUCUGUUUUAUGACUGAAUUUCUGCCUUACUCUUUAAACUGUAGCCAUAAAUUGGCAAUGAAGUCUAGUUUUGUUUAAAAAAGGUGGUUGAAGAGCUGGUCUGAUAUGUUUAUGCACUUUAAACAAGAAUCAUUUUUACAUUAUUUAUUAUGUUUAUGUAGUACUGUUUUUGUCAUCUAAGUGUUGCAAUUUUUUAAUAAAAUGCUAAACACUG